AUGGCGCAACGUAUCUCUAAAUCAAGCUCCAGGACAUCUCCUCCAACAGAAGAUGAUACACUAUCUAUCGAUAACUGUAAUAUUGCCACGUAUAACUCAGAUAUGAGUUCUUCUCCAACAAAACAAAAAAAGAAAAUUACAGCCUCUCACUCGACAUUGAGAAACCCAUCAGUUUCUAGACAAUCGUCAUUCUCAGCAAAAACUUCAUGCCAAGAAGACUGGGAAUCUUGCUCAACUAUGGAUAAACUGACUCUCUUCGAUAUUUUAGGUAAUUUUGCCCUACCUCAGCAGCUAGGGAGGAUCCAACGUAACCUUUCCGUCCAGAAAGAGAAGGUGAAAAGGCAGAGAGAUGUUCUAAAGUCUAGAGGGUCAUAUGCUAAAGAGCGAGUCGUGGAAGAAUGGAAAAAGCGUGUACCAUCUGCAGAUGAGCAACUGGAGAGGUACCUAAAGCUUAUGCGAGAAAAUAUGGAUACGCUCGGAAGCCACUGGAACGAUAACACAGCCAUUACGUUCCGUGAAAAAAUUUCAUUCAUAUGUGGUGUCCUUAAUGUUCUUAUCAGUGGAUACUUAAUCGGAGCAUCACCCAACUUUUUCCAUAUUUGGUAUACUCUCCAACUCUUCUACUUCGUUCCAAUCAGAUUCUACCUCUAUCGCAAACAGGGUUAUCAUUACUUUUUAGCAGAUUUAUGUUACUUUGUCAACUUCAUGUGCAUGAUGGCUAUCUGGGUAUUUCCAAAUUCGAAGCGCCUUUUCAUCAGUACCUAUUGCCUUGCUUUUGGCAAUAAUGCCAUUGCUAUAGCUAUGUGGAGAAACUCAUUAGUAUUUCAUAGCUUUGAUAAAGUCACUAGUCUAUUUGUUCAUAUCAUGCCAUGUGUUACCCUACAUUGUCUUGUACAUCUAAUAUCUGACACCGAGCAACAACUUCGAUUCAAUGCAGCUUGGACAAUCAAAAACUCACCUCCUGGAUCCCCAGAGCAUUAUUCUCUCCUUGAUAUGACUAUCUGGUCAACUGUUCCCUAUGCUAUAUGGCAACUAUCAUAUCAUUUUUUAAUUACAAUUCGUCGUCGCGAAAAAAUUGCCGCGGGUAGACCUACAUCAUUCACAUGGCUACGCAAAUCUUACUCAAGAACAUGGAUUGGAAAAAUAGUCCUUUCUCUUCCUGAGUCCCUACAGGAGCCCACAUUUAUGGGCAUCCAGUAUUUCUACGCGCUACUCACUAUGCUUCCCUGUCCAAUAUGGUUCUGGUAUCGUCAUGCAUCAGCACUGUUUCUCAUGGCAGUAUUUUGUUGGUCUAUCUAUAAUGGCGCUACGUACUACAUUGAUGUGUUUGGAAAACGUUUUCAAAAUGAGCUAGAAGCGAUGAAGCAAGAUGUCCAGAAGUGGCAAAAUAAUGCCGAAGCCUCAUCUCAUGCUUUGAGCCUUGAUUCUGAUGGUGUCUAG